AUGUCUUACUCAAGUGUCUGUCAAGGGUUGCAAUCAAGUGUCGAACCCUGCCUUCGGGAACCACGUGUGCUAAAGCUCAAGUUGGCUCCACCAGGGUCCAACUCCAACCAUUCUCCACCCUCUCUCUGUCCUAGCUCCAAAACGCUCACACACACUCCAAACCAUGAACAUGGAAACAAAACUUCUGAACCUGGAGGCUCCAACAAGUGGAGCUUCCUUCAAUCUCUCUCCAACAUUUCUCAUUGCAAGGAGCCUGAAACUGAGAAAGUCUACGUCCACCCUUCUGUUAAGCGCUCCUCUUCAAUGCUCAGCGCAAAGAGCUUGGAACUAUGCACCGAAAGCUUAGGCUGCGAAACUGGUAGUAAUGCCAGUGACGACACUGAUGACAUGUCUUUAUUUUCACUUGAAAGUAGCCCAAGUUUAUGGAGUAACACCACUCCAGUAGUAACUAACAAAAUUUCUGAGUCUAAAAGAUUGAAUCGAGGUAGCUCUAGCACCUUUCCACCUCCCUUGAGUUCAAUGGGAGAGGUCAGAGUUAUUAGGUCUCAUCGUGAAGAUGGUAGGCUUAUCUUGGAAGCCGUCACUUCCUCUUCUCCUCAAUCCUAUUUUCAAGCGGAGCGUGGCAAUGGCAGGCUUACGCUUCGACUUUUUCAGAAUCAGGGCUAUUGUUAUGAUGAUGAUGAUGAUGAUGAUGAUGAUGCCGAAGCCUUGAACCAAGAAGAAUGUGGUGAAGAAGAUGGUGUUGUGGUUGAAGAGGAGUUGGAAGAGUUUGUUGGAAAUGCUGAGGAUGAGAUGGAUAUGACAAAGUUUGUGAGGCCAAGCAGGUGCAAGGAAAGUGGGAAUAGAGUCAUUUUUGGCGAUGGAUACUUUGAGCAUCCCCCUCUUUCUCUUUGUCUCUGA